UGGCGGCGGCGCGGGGCGGGGAGCGGAGCCGCGGGGCCCGGGGCGGGCAUGAGGAGCCCCCAGCGCCCCCCGGCCGGGGCCAGAGCGCCGCGGGCAGCCCGGCCGAGCCCUCCCGAGCUGCGGCCCUGACCCCCCGGGGGACCCCCGGUGGUAGCCGGUAACCGGUCGCCGGUGCCCGGUGACCCUCCCGCCCGCCGCUCGGCGGCCGCCUGUCCCCGCCGCCACCGGGAGCCGCGGGCCGGGGAGCUGGGCUAUGCGGUGGUGGCUACGCGCGGCCUUCCUCAGCCUGCUCGCCGGCACCGGGGCCGAGGGCAGCGGGCCGAGCGGGGCCGUGGUGGGCCGCGUCGGGGACAGCGCCGUGCUGGGCUGCGACCUGCUGGGCACCCGCCAGAGCCGGCCGCCGCUCUACGUCAUCGAGUGGGUGCGCGUCGGCUUCGUCCUCCCCAUCUUCAUCAAGUUCGGCCUCUACUCGCCACGCGUCGACCCCGAGUACCUCGGUCGCGUGCGGAUCGAGGAAGGCGCCUCGCUGCGCAUCGACCUGCUGCGCGCCGAGGACCAAGGCUGGUACGAGUGCCGCGUGCUCUUCCUCGACCGGCCCAGCGCCGACGCCGACUUCCAGAACGGCACCUGGAUCCACCUCACCGUCAACGCACCCCCCACCUUCCUGGAGACCCCCCCAGCCUUCGUGGAGGUGCGGGACCGGGAGGCGCUGAGCCUCACCUGCACGGCCGUCGGCAACCCCCAGCCCGUCGUCAUCUGGAAGCGGAGCGACCUGGCCGUGCAGAGCGGGGACGCGGUGCAGGUGAGGAACGGGACGCUGAGCAUCGCCGUGGUGGAGCGCGCCAGCGCGGGCACCUACACGUGCCACGCUUCCAGCAAGGAGGGCACCAUCACCCACACCACCCGCGUGCUCGUGCAGGGGCCGCCCGUCAUCGUGGUGCCGCCGCAGAACGUCACCGUUAACAUCUCUCAAGAUGCCUUUCUGGCGUGCCAGGCCGAGGCGUACCCGGGGAACCUCACCUACACCUGGUUCCAGGGCAGCAGCAACGUCUUCCACCUCAGCCACCUCCAGGCCCGGGUCCGCAUCCUGGUGGAUGGGAGCCUCCUGCUGCAGCGAGCCACCCCGGACGACGCCGGCAAAUACACCUGCGUCGCCAGCAACGGGCUCUGGAAGCCGCCUUCGGCCUCGGCCUUCGUCACCGUGCUGUAUCCGGCGCAGGUGACCACCAUGCUCCCGGAGACCCAUUUGCCCAAGGGGAUGCGGGGCGUGAUCCGGUGCCCCACCAGGGCCAACCCCCCGCUGCUCUCCGUCAGCUGGACGCGGGACGGGCGCCCGCUGGAGCUGGGCAAGCUCCCCGGCUGGUCGGCGCGACCCGACGGCUCCAUCGUCAUCGCCACGGGGAACGACGACGCGCUGGGGGUGUACACGUGCACCCCCUACAACAGCUACGGCACCGCCGGUGCCUCCCGGCCCACCCGCGUCCUGCUCAAGACCCCCCCCGCCUUCACCGUGCGCCCCAAGGAGGAAUACUUCCAGGAAGUGGGCCGGGAGCUGGUCAUCCCCUGCUCGGCCCACGGGGACCCCCCACCCACCAUCACCUGGGGGAAGGUGGGCAGCGCAGGGCAGGGCGGUGCCCAGGUGGACGGGAACGGCAGCCUCGUCUUCCGCCCCCUCGUCAAGGAGCAGCACGGGCGCUGGGAGUGCACGGCCACCAACCCGGUGGCCAGCGUCAGCACCGCCACCUCCGUCCACGUGCUGGGGACCAGUCCCCACGCCGUCACCAACGUCUCCGUGCUGCCGCUGCUGCUGGCGGCCAACAUCUCCUGGGAGCCGGGCUUUGACGGGGGCUACUUCCAGAGGUUCAGCGUCUGGUACACGCCGCUGGCGAAGCACCCGCCCCGCGCCCACCACGACUGGGUGUCGCUCUCGGUGCCGGCGGGGGCUCAGCACCUCUUGGUGGAGAACCUGCAGCCGGACACGAGCUACCAGUUCAGCGUCCUGGCCCAGAACAAGCUGGGCAGCGGCCCCUUCAGCCAGAUCGUCACCUCCGUGCCCAGGGGCUUCCCAGUGACCACAGUGCCUCCGGAGCCGCCGGCCAUGACCGUGCACGUCUUCCUGUCCCCGCCGCAGGCCCUGACCGCCAACGAGACGUCGCGCGGGGUCCUGCUGCGCUGGGAGCCCCCGGCCCAGCUCUCGGUGGCGCUGAGCGGCUACGCCCUGGAGCUGCGGCAGGACAAGGGCGGCUGGGAGGUGCUGGAGCGCUCCAUCCCCGGCACGGAGAGCCAGGUGCUGGUGCCAGGGCUCAUCAAGGACGCCUUCUAUGAGUUCCGACUGGUGGCCUUCGCUGGCAGCUACAUCAGCGACCCCAGCAACACGGUGAACGUCUCCACGGCAGGCAUGGAGGUGUACCCGUCCCGCACCCAGCUCCCCGAGCUGCUCCCGCAGCCGGUGCUGGCCGGGGUCAUCGGCGGGAUCUGCUUCCUCAGCGUGGCCGUCAUCUUCAGCACCGUGGCCGCCUGCAUCAUGAACCGCCGGCGCGCCGCGCGCAUCCAGAAGCGAAGGCAAGAUCCACCGCUCGUCUUCUCCCCCAGCCAGAAGCUCCCUGCUCCGCACCCUUCUCACGGCGCUGGUAGCCCGGCCGGCGCGGCCAAGCUGAAGCUGCAGCCGUCCCCCUGCCCCAGCCUGCGCCGGGCGCUGCUGUGGGGCGAAAAAGCCGGCACCAGCCUGGGGCUCAGCAUCGCGGGGGCCGGAUCCGGCUACACCGUCUACGAGAGCCACGUCGGGGAGCACGUCCCCCUGGAGCGCAUCCGCCGCGGCCCCGACGGCCGCUUCGUGGUGGAGACCGCCGAGACGGAGAGCGGCUUCACCCCCCCGCCCCGGGACCCCCCCACACACAGGGGACCCCAACCGGAGGAGGAGAAGGAGCCCGUUUGGCGCCAGGGGGUGGCGUUACGGCCCCGGCCCCCCGGGAACCCCCCAGCACCGUCUGGCCGCCGCCGGGGCCGCUAUUUCGGCUACGGCAGCAGCAGCCCCGUGGCCGAAGCGGCCGCCCUGUGCAUCGUCGAUGUCAGCCCCGUGGCCUCCGCCGCCACUCUGCCUUACAGCCCUGGCCCCCCUAGCGCCCGCUGGGACUCGCUGCCCCUCCAGGGCCCCCCCCCGGACUCCCCCCCGGCCACCACCGCCAGCCCCCAGCGUGCCGUGGCCCCCCCAGCCCAGAGCGGCAUCCUGCAGUACCUGAGCCUGCCCUUCUUUAAGGAGAUGUGCGUGGACGGCGACUGGCCCCCCCCCGAGGAACCGCCGCAGCCCCCCGCUACCCCCCAGCACCCCGUGGGGGGGCCGGACUGCACGGACCCAUGUGCCAAGGCUGCGGCCCCCCCCGCCACCACCCUCCUCCAGACCCCCAAGCUGCCGCUGGGCCCUGCCAAGGCCUCUCUGCCUGGCCCCCCCGCCUGGCUGGCCCCCCCGGAGCCGACCCACCGUGGCCCCCCCUGCAGCAGGACUGAAGCCGGGGACGUGGCCCCCCCGGAGAAGUUGCCGCGGGGCAGCUUGACCAGCCAGAGCAGCGGCCGGGGCAGCGCUUCCUUCCUGCGCCCCCCCUCCCUGGCACCGUCCCUGGGGGGGCCCGGCCCCGGUACCCCCCCGGGGGUUGGGGGCAGCUGGCAGGAGGGCAAGGUGAGCACGGAGCCGGCCCUGAGCAGUGCUGGAAAGAGGAGGGACACCUCGGUGGACGAGAGCUACGAGUGGGACGCCGAGGUGGCGUUGGCGUCCGACCUCCUGGCGGCCCUGCAGCUGUACCGUGCCGGAGCCCCCCCCCGGCCCCUCUCCACCAUCGCCCUCCGGGACCUCGAGCGGCAGCAGCAGGCCGUCGGCAUGGCGAACCGGGGACCGUCGUACGGGCUGAGCCGGGAGGUGCAGCAGAAAAUCGACCGGCAGUACGACCCCGAGCUGGAGCAGGUGCUGGUGCGCUGGAUGGUGGGGCAGUGCGGCGGCGACGUCCCGCAGCCCGCGCCCGGCCGCGACGGCUUCCAGCAGUGGCUCAAGGACGGCACCGUGCUGUGCCGGCUCAUCAACAGCCUGUACCCGCGGGGCCAGGGGCCGGUGGCCAAGAUCCAGGCGUCCACCAUGGCCUUCAAGCAGAUGGAGCAGAUCUCGCAGUUCCUGCAGGCAGCCGAGCGCUACGGCAUCGCCGCCACCGACAUCUUCCAGACCGUUGACCUGUGGGAAGGGAAGAACAUGGCGUGCGUGCAGAGGACCCUGAUGAACCUGGGCAGCCUGGCGGUGGCCAAGGGCGACGGGCUCUUCGUGGGAGACCCCAACUGGUUCCCCAAGAAAUCCCAGGAGAACCGGCGCGUCUUCUCCGAGGACAAGCUGAAGGAGGGCCAGAACGUCAUCGGGCUGCAGAUGGGCACCAACCGGGGCGCCUCGCAGGCGGGCAUGACGGGCUACGGCAUGCCCCGCCAGAUCCUCUGAGCCCCCCCCGCCCGCCGCAUCCCCGGCCCCCCCCCCCGCCCAGCCACCGCUGCCCCCCAAGGGCCUCCCAGCGCCGGGGGGGGUCCCCAACCCGCCUCGCCCCCUCCCCGUGGACCAACCGGCUACUGGGGCCGUGCCCCCCACCCGGGGCCGCGGCUCGCCCGCCUGCCAGUAUUUCCAGGACCAAAGUUUCGGUUUUUUAUAAUUAUUAUUUUGCUCCGGGGGGGCAGGGGGAGUGCGGCCGCGCUGGCCCCCUGCCUCCCACCGCUGUGCCUUGGGGGCCGUGCUGGGGAGACCCCCCCCCCCCAGCUCGCUCCAAUAAAUGGCCCCCCUCUUGUUUCCA